CCCGCCCCUGAACCCCUUCCAAGUCCAUAUACCCAACUCCUAAUGGAAUCUCAGUUAACAUGACCCAAGGCCCAGUCGGUGAAUUUGACGUGAGCGGAAAGAUUGUCGCCAUAACCGGCGGAGCCUCCGGAAUCGGCCUCGAGCUUGCCAAGCUGGUACUCUCGAAAGGUGCUAAAGUCCUAAUCGCCGACUUGCGUCUCACCCCGGAAGCGGAAUCCCUUGUUGAUGAGAAGACCGUGAUUUACGUCCCGACGGAUGUCGCCAAGUGGCCGGAGCUUGAGAACAUCGUUGUUAUUUCCAAGAAGGUUCUCGGCGACGUUCCUGACGUCUAUGUUGCUGGUGCGGCAGUGUUUGAGCCCACCUGGUCAAAUUUCUGGGAUGACACGGAAGCAGAGUCGUACGGCUCUGUCCAGAUCAAUGUGAACCACCCUCUGAAGCUCACGCGGAUUGCAAUCCGAGCUCUACUCGCAGAGAACAAGAAGGGAGUCGUUCUGAUCGUGGCCUCGAUGGCAGGAUACCAAGGUCAUUUUGGAGCGACAAUGUACUGUACAACUAAGCAUGCCUUGGUUGGGUUUACACGCUCGGUCGGCCAACUGGACAGCCACGAGGGUGUCAAAGUGGUUACCAUCUGCCCUGGGAUCGUGGACACACCGCUCUGGGGCACCAAGCCACACCUGCGGGAGCAAUUUGGAUACCAUCCGAAACUUGCGAUCUCAGCGCGGACAGUUGCUGAAGCAGAGCUCGAGUUGAUCGAAAGUGAAAAGUAUAAGGGCGGGACCGUCUACGAGGUCUCGGUGCUGGGAGGGCGGGUAAUCCCAACAUACUUCAUCACUCCCCCCGGUUACGACCCGAAAAAGCCGAAGCAGCGCGGUAUUCCCAAGAAAGAUGAUACAGGGGAAAAUGACAUGAUCUGGAGUGUUUUGGCGGCAGAGAGGAACGCGAAGUUAUAGUUUUCUUUCCAUCCGACAUAUUGCCUAUCCCAUGUAGUCGGUGGAAUUACAGUACAGUCUUGAAAAGGCUUGCUAAACUAAUAGUCACAUGUCUUCAACUGAAUGAAUAUACCCUGGAUGCUCGACAUUUGAAUGAUUCCACCUUACCCUGUAUGCUAAGCCUUGACAUCGACCUAUUCGCAGGCGCUAGUGCUGUGUUCGAUCUGAAUGUCUGGGUUAAAACACAACUAAAACGCUCAUACCAAGUCAUCAACCAACAACUACAGCAGCAAAACAUACCAACCAAGACAUGGAAAUACACUAACCUCAUAUACAGAAUUCACCUAUAAAAUCAACAACAAAGAAAAAGUUCAACAGCCUACGACACUUCACCCCCAACCUUAACUCUCCUCCUCAACCAAACAUGCAACGCCACAAACACAACCACCCCGACACCCAACAUCGCCGAAAUAACCGCAAACCCCAUGAUAUAAUUCGGCGCGUCCUUCUCCGGAAACAGAUACGAGCCAUAGAUCUGCGCCAGAUUCCCUAGCGCAUUCACCAACGCC